AUGUGCUACGUCGGCAAAGCCACCAAGAUAUUCGUCUUCAUCGUCGCGAUUCUCGGCCUCGUUCUUGGCUUCACGCUGCUCAGGCAUCACGGAAUUCGUAAAAGAUGCAACUCCGAUCCGUGCGCGGACACCGAUCCGAACCUCUUCCGCCCUUCCGGUUCCAAUCGCUUGAAUCCGCCACCGCAGAGUCAGAGUUCAGACUCCACUGUUCCGGAUUCGCCUCCGCCGCCGAGUGAUAAUCCGAGUCCUAGUGCUCCAGAUUGGUCCCCGCCUCCUCCAACGUUGUCUCUGAGUCCUAGUGUUCCAGAUUUAUCUCCGCCUGAUAAUCUGAGUCCUAGUGUUCCGGAGUUGUCCUCGCCUCCUCCUCCUGCAGUGAUCUCGGCAACUCCGCCGCCGGAGUUCAGUCGGCCUAUUCCAGUACCGGUGGCGCCAGGUCCACUGAAUAAUUCAUGA